GUUUCCUCGGCGACCUUGACGUCUGACGCUGGAUUUUUGUUUUUCUGGUUUUGGACUUUUUCGUUCGUUGACGAGCUUCCGCGGCGCCAUGGCCGCAAAUGGAAUCGACUGGUCACCAUGGCGACGGGCCGCAAGCUCAAGUCGUACUCGGCAUUGCCUCUCCCAGCUGAACUUGACUCCAAAACGAAAUCCCAAAAACGCAACUUGAGCCGCCGCACCUUCUCGGACGUUCUCGGCUUCACGUUAUCGUCCUCUUAACGUCUUCCGACAUCGUAAGGUUAAGGUUGGCCUCCCUCGGUCAACGUGCAAACGGCCCGGAUUUCAACCGCAGUCCUCACGAGUGACGCUCAAAACGUGCCGCCAAUUUCCAUUCAGGCCGCCACCGACUUCGUGGAGUUUUCGGCGCCGGCGGACGUGGCGAGGCGAGCUGGGGGCGGUGGGGCGGAGCCUGCUGGCCUUCUGGGCGGGGCUGACGCUGGCGUCGUUCUACGGCGCGGCCAUGAUCGUCCUCAAGGGGGCGCCGCUGUGGACGUGCGUGUACGGCACGCUGGCCGCGGCGGCCGUGGCGGCCUUCGGGAUGGGCGUGUCCGUUCGUGCGCGCGCCGCCGUCGUCAUCAUGAUGCCGGCGCUCUGCUCGGCUCACGGUCGCAACUUCCUGUUGUUCGUGAGCGCAUCGGUGCUGGUGGCGGGUCCGGCGGCCAACACGCUGGAGAAUUCCGAGCGAGCCGCCGCCAGCCUGCUCUGCGGCGCCGAGCUGGCGGCCGAUCAAACGCGGCAGCUGAUGAGGAACGCGGCCACGCCCCUACUAGGUAAGACGCACCCCCUCCUCCACACCAGCAUCGCAGCCUCGCGUAGCGACAGCACGUGCGUUCGCGUGCGCCGCCUCGCAGCCGCGCUGGAUCACAUCCGCCAGAUCGGCAGGAACGUCGCCGCCACGGCCAACAGAAUCAACAAGCUGAUCGGCUCGCUGAGCGACGCCGUCCGCCACGUUGCUCGCACUCUGAGGAACGUUCUUCACUUCCUGGUGGACAUCAAGGACGUGUGCAACGACAAACUGGGUUCGUCGUACAGGAAGUGCCGCGCCGUCUUCGUCCGGGCCCGAGCCGACUGCGCCGCUCAGCUGGGGGACUUUGACUUUCUGUGCGACGUCGUCAGAGACUUCAUGUACCUCUGCGAGCUGUCCAAAGCCCCCCUGCUAUUUUGCGCCAUCCCGGAGUACGUCUCCAGCCAACUGAGGAAACAUCUGGCCCAACCCGCGAUCUCCGCCUUCCGGCAAAUGCGGAGCCAGUUCGACUUCGACCUGUCGGUGUCGGCCACCUUGGAGGCGGACGGCAACGUGAGUCGCUCGCUGCGGGAGACGGGUCAGGAAAUCCUCGAGGAGCUGACCCGGGACUUCAAAGUCUUCGCUGAGCUCAGGGGGCCGCUGGUGUGGGCGGGGCUCGCGCUUCUCGCCUGCUCCCUGAUCAGGGCCAUGUGGUACCAGCACAAGUACUUGACGUGCUUGAAUUAUGACAACGUUUACAUCAGCGCUCAGUUCAUAGCGCUGGACCGACAGAUGACUUCACAGGGCGGGGCUUCCGUCCUGCCAAUCACGCGCAGAGAGUCGCAGCUGUACAUUAGGCCACUGUCCCUGCGGCUCACGAGCGGCGAGUGUCGAGCGACGCUGAUGGGCGUGGCCUCGGUGUUGAGGCAUGCGCUGAUGUCGUCUGUUCUGGUGGCUCUGGACUUCCUGGUCUUUUGGCUUCUGGAUCAAGUGCGCUGGCAGGUCCAGGGUGGCGUUGUGGCGAGAGCUCCGGUGACGGUGUCGAUCCGGGUGAACGGCUUGGGCUACCUGGCCGACAUGAUGCGUGACCUGGCGGCGGCCUUCAACGUCCUGCAGUCGGGAAACGUCACGGUCAUCAGCGGGAAGUGUCUGCUCACGCCGUCGGAACCCGACUACGCCGCCUACUUCGCCUUGGGAUUCCUGUCGGGCGUGGCCCUGCUGGUGACGCUCGCCGGAGGGAUGGUGCGGCGAUCGCGACGCCUCAUCUGCGCCUACUUCCACCCCGACACCGAAUGGGCGCGCAUCCACUUCCUUCGCCAGCAGAUCCUGGAUGAACGGCGGGCGACGGGAAGAGCGCUGGUGAGGGCGGCGGCCGGGAGGCGGGCGGGAGCGGCCCGAGCCGGUCGCGGCCGCCUCGGGGCUCUGCUGCGACGGCUGUCGGGGGGAGGAGCUUACCGGUCUGACAUGAUGUGCGUGGCCUGCGGCGAGGGGGCGGGCUUCGCGGCCACCGUCUGCGACGUCUCGCGGUGUCCGGGCGUGUUUUGUAAGGCGUGUUUCAACAGCGCGGGGAGGAAGUGUGGCGUCUGCGCGUGGCCGGCGACCUUCCGGGAAGAAAGCCAGGAGGAACCCGACUCCAGCGAGGACGAAUGUGAGGCCGCCGAGGAGCGGCCGGGGCCCGCACCCUGGUCUCAAAGCCUCUUCUGCUCCGCCGCCGCCUUUCUUCAGGACGUCGGCGGGGGGGCCCGCGUGCGCCACACUGGUGACCUCUGACCUCAUCGGCGUGCGUGCGUUCGUGCGUGAUGUCAAAUAAAAGUGGUGGAAUCGAA